GUUCCUGCCUCACGCGCAUUGAAGGCAGCGGAACCCGGAUGGAACUGUCAUGGCUGCCGUCACCGACCUGCCAGUCUAAAGAGAAAAGAGAGGAACCUACAUUAUAAAGCAUGGAGGUUGACCUGAGCGCAUCAGAUGAUCCCUCUGAAAGCCAUGACCAGAGCAAGGAUGAUGACCCCUUAUUGGACCACACUUUGGCACAUCAGCUUCCAGAGACAGCCUCUUGUAACGAGCAGUGUGACCAAGAUGAAACACACCCUGAGGAGUCAUCCACUGAUAAUCUUCAAGUAGACGGCAAAGCUUCUGGAAAGACUCCAUGUAAGAUGCAGCAGGGUGCAAUCUUCUCUGGAAAAAUACUGAGUUUCUGUUGCUCUGAAUGCAAAGACGACACCACUUACAGCCCUAAUGACUUGCUGAAGCAUUUUCAAGGAUCACACAAAGGAACCCUUCCAACUUAUCCUUGUGAUCUGUGCUCUUUUGUCACCAAUGAAUUCUCAUCUCUUCAGCGACAUCGCAUUGGACAUCGAAACACUUUGGUCACGUGCGAGAUUUGCAACGAUGGGGUGCAGUAUUCACUUCUUUUGCUCACCAGGCACUUUACCAACUGCCACAGCCGUAACGGACAGUUUUGCUGUAAAAAGUGUGAGUUCUCCACCAGAGAUGCAGGAACCUUUGUUCAGCACAUCCAUCGUCACAACGAACGCAAUCACAAAUGUGUGAAGUGUCCGCAUGGUAGCCCCACACAAGGAGAGAUUCAGAAGCAUAGCUUGGUGCAUUCAGGGACUUUUCCUUUCUCUUGUCAGAUAUGUGGCUAUAGUGCAGCUCGCAGAGAGUACUUGAACAAACAUCUUACAGUGGCACACGGUGAGGAGCUGAACAAGAGAAGAGCAAAUGAGGACAAUUCUGGAGUUAUUUCAUCUGGACUAAAACUGUUGUUUAAGAAGUCCCCUCCAGGUGGAGGAUCCAGAGAAUCGCAGUGGAUGUCAAAACUUAACUCGCUCCCUGGUGUAGGUCUGCUCGAUCAUAAUGGCAGGUUGUUUAAUCCUGAAAAAACCUUGGAGGAUACUCAACAGUUUCUUGAAAGAGCUGUUGGGGUUAAAAAAGAAAAUAAUAAAUGGACAAAGUCUCCCGUACAAAGUGAGCCACAAACUUUGCACCUUAUUCCAUCAACAAUGCCACAACCAAAGUUACAAGAGCAUGAGAUUAGUUCAGGACUUCUGAAUUCAACCAACAACAAUGGACUGACUGUUCUUAUGGUGAAAAAUAAAAUAUCUAUUCCACCAAACUGUACCACUAAAGUCAUGGGCUUUAAGAUAGUAGAUGGUAAAAAGCAUUUAGUUCUGAAAGUCAUACCGACAAAACCAGAAGACUCCACUGAAAUUGAGGUUUCUGAUUUACACAUUGGUGAUAAUGAAGAUAAAACAACCAGCAGCCCCUGCUCUUCAUCCUCACCAAGCAUAGGAUCUCUCCUCAGUUUAGAGUCUGGAGAAUCAAAUGAGCCGUCUUCAAUAAAAGAAAAGUCACCGGAAGUUGAAAAUCACACUGGCAACCAUCUCCCCCUGACAGAGGAGCACAAAGUUAGCUUGAAGGUUGCAAGUAAGGCAUGGCAGGUUAAUAGUGAAGAUACUGAAGUCUCACAUGGUGUUAAAGUACUCUCUACAGCAUCAAAAGAUGUUGCACUUUCUCUGUGUCAAUGCCGCCAAUCAAGUGGGAGUUCAUGCCCGCAUCUUCAUGAGGUAUCUUUCCUCAGUUCAAGUGAAAAAAGCUACAUUGAUGACAUACAGACAGCAAAUCCAGCCGCCACACCUCCUGUUUCAAAAUCAGAGCUUUCCUCUGCUGGUUCUGAGACUACACUUUCUGAUUUGCAAACUGCUCAUGUAAACCCAUCUGAAUAUGAGACAACAGCAUUAGCUUCAGUUAUGGAUCAACCCUCUGCUGAUGAAACCACACAUCCUUCCUUUGACUCUUCCAAUUCAAAAUCUGAUCCUGAUAUGUGUGUAGAUGACAAGUUCACACACAUUGAUAUCCUGGAAUCUAAACUUCCAAAAAUAAAAACGACAGAUAAAACAUUUUCUGUGCUGUCGGAAGAAUCUCUUAUCCAGGAACCUCGAUUCAGUUCAGGUGGUAAACCAUGCAAGAAUAAUUUUGAACGGAUCUGCCCUAUUAAACUCUCUGUGAAAAGCAUAAUUGAUUCACUGGCUGCAGAAGGGAAGGAUUCUAAUUCUCACAAAGUUGAGACCACAUUUUGUGAGAUGACUGACAUUAAGACUUUUAACCCAAAAGUUCCCGAGACCUCUCAGUUUUACCCAAAUGCUCCAUUUGACUCAAGUGAGAACAACGCUUCAGACAGUGUAGUUGGAAAUUUACCUGAAGUCACUAAAAACAAAACCACUGAGGCAAACGCUCACAAUGAAACAAGUAAAGGUGCAUCACCUGAUGCCAAAGAUUGUAACCCAGAGGUUGAAAAUAACUUUUCCCCACUCAAUUCCCCAAGUCAAGAGGUCUUUAGUUUCCACAAUUAUUCUAAAGAUUCCUUCGGGAGCUCUCCUGAUUCAUUGCAGCCUGAGGAAGACUUAUCGAUGGGGCUAGAGGAAGAAGAGUGCGAGGAGGAUUUUGGUGACUGGAGCUUAACUCUGCCAGCAUCGCCUCCUCUUCAAGUGGAAGAAGAUAGCAAGGGAGUGGCUAAUGAGAGUGAUCCGCUCUCUGAAAGUGGAGAGAAAGCAUUAGAGCGAGUGUCCGAUAGUGAUAUUGAGGUUGAUGAGUGCAUAGCUACUGUUGAUGAUUCGCUCAUUCCUGUGCUUCCAGAAAAAGAAGUAGAAACGACUUGUUCAUCCUUAUCAGAGAACAAACCCGAAGGCAUCACAUUUGCAAAUGAGAACACGGCGGCAAGCUUGAGUAGCGCAGCUGUUUUGGGAAAGAUACUUGAAAAGCACUCGGACGCCAUUAUCAGCCACCAACUUGAGAAAGAAAGAAUGAGGUCUUCAGGUACAGGACAAGAAACUGUUAGGCCUGCCAAAACAACACUUCGGAUUUUGCAAACACCUGAAGGAAAACAGCAGAUGUUCCUUCAAACUACAGACACUCCAUAUGCUGUGCCAGUUCAGCUGAAAAGUGGGGCUGGGUUCAAGCUGAUUACAAAGUCCAGUUCCCCCAAAAUUAAUGUGUCUUAUGUAAAACCUGGGAUUGAGACAGCCAGCAAGACUAAGGGAAUAGCUCUGACUUUAAAUGGAGGCAGAAUUGGCAUGUCUGCACAAAGUUCAAGUCUGAAAACUAAUGGUCAAGCGCCUAUCCAAAUGGCACCGAGUGGCAGUGGAAACCGCUAUUUCGUCAACGCUGCAGCUCUUAAAACAUCUCUUCUUUAUUCAGGUGCUGUCAAGUCCUCAUCUGGAGAACAGGCAACCACUAUGCCACAGACUUGUUAUUUAGUUCAGAGAUCACUCCCUGUUACCCCAGUUAGUAGUGAGUCAAAUGGUCCAAGUUCUAAGACUGUGAUCUCAACUCGUCCUGUAUUAGCCAUGCCUGUGAAUUCAGCAGAUAAAACCAGUCCCUUGCAGCCUGGGAGGCAAGCUUACUUAGUUAGAUACAUAUCUCCAGCUAAGUCAGGGAUACUUUUGAACAAUUCAGAUGGGAAAGCUUUGAACCAGGGCAACCAAGUAAAUGAGGCGGGCAAAAACAGGGUAUUCCUUAAGAUAGUUAGAGGUCCCAACGGCACCAGAUUUCUCUCCACUGCUCCAUACACCACAGCCAAAAAGCCGGUAUACCUUGCCACAAGCUCUUUACAGUCCCCUUGCUUGUUAAUGUCCUCAAAUAAAUCUUUAACCAAUUUGUCGGCAGGUCUAAAAACCUCUACUAACUCCCAAGGUCUCACUCAUAAACUCAUCCCAGCAUCCCAGCUUAAACAUAUUUUACCCCAAUCCAAAGUUAAAAACAAAAGCAGGGCUGAUUAUGAUGUAGCAUUAAAGAAGUUGCCACUUGUUCCCUGUCCCAUCCGUCCACGAAGCCAAAGGAAACGGAGGAGAAGGGCUUUGUUUGAGGAAAUGCUGGAGGGCUCCUCCAAAAUAAGGAGAAUCUCAAGCAAGUCGUCUGAGAAAGAUGCUACCUCAAUUUGGGAGCCUGUUGCGAAAGAUGUCAUGAGAAUGCUAAGGCUCAGUCCCUUUAGUCCACUUCAAGAAAUCAAAUGCCCCCGUCGAAACCAGCCUGUGGUUGUUCUGAACCAUCCAGAUGCAGAUAUUCCUGAAGUUUCUAGCAUCAUGAGGUCAGUGAACAAAUACAAAGGUGACAUUCUCAAGGUGGCACUGUCCCAAAGUACAGUUAAAGCCCUCUCUGAGUCUCCAAAUACACUUUCAAAGCAGAAUGCUUCCAAUGGCAUUGGGAGUGAAAGAUCAAGGCCAGUGGGAGGCACUGUUCAAGAGAGAUUCAUACUAAAACUAAAGUUAAAAAAGACUAGUAGAAAUAAGUAUGAGGUGGUAAGGUCUUCAUCUGCUGGUUCAGUGCAGCAGUCAACAUUUUGUUGCUGGUUUUGUGGCAGAGUUUUCAACAACCAAGAGGACUGGAUUGGCCAUGGUCAACGGCAUCUAAUGGAGGCAACAAGAGACUGGAAUAAGCUGUUCUAAUGCAACUGCAGAGCCCCUGGAUUGGGCCAAAUGCCAUCCUACAUUGUAGAAAAAAAGAUGUUUUGUUUUUUUGUUUGUAAUAUUUUCCUUUUUUAAAUAGUACAGUAAGAUACAGUUAACCUGUCGAUAUUAUUUUUCCAUAGAUUUUUCUCCAGAAGCUUUUAAAGGGUAUAGUGUAAUAGAGAAGCGUUUGGUACCUGAAAUAAGUUAGAAUGUAAAUAAUUUUCACCCUUGUAUAUUUAAAUCGAAACCCUUGAGUAUGUAUAGAAUGGAACUGUGAAAACUGGACACACUGUAUGUUUAUGGUGCAAGCAGGAAGAUCACUGGUAUAAGAUGGUGCUGUCUCUUAUAUACCUUUUUUAAUGCAGACAAUUGAACCAAUUUCUCAGGUAAUUCCAUAGUCUUUGAAUAAGUGAAUGGUCCAGUUUAUAAAGAAGUAAUUAUCUUUCAUUCUGAAGCUGUGUACAAUUGUAGAUUUAAACAUUAUUUUAAGUACAGUUUAAGUUGGCUACAUAUGUCUUUCUUCCUACAUCAUUGAAACAUAUUGUUCUCCCAUUUAUGUCUUUUGGGGCUUAGAUAUUGUGAAAAGUUCAAAAUGCAUCUGCAAAUUUUAAGGGAUAGUUAAAUUCACCCUCAUUUCGUUCCAAACCUUUAUGACUUUGUUCUGUGGAACACAAAACAUGUUGUUGUUGUUUUGGUUUUUUUUGGUCAUACAAUGAAGACAGUGUAGUUUGAUGUUGUUUUUGACCCCAUUGAUUUUCAUUGCACGGGCAAAACCUGGGGAAAAAAAUCUUCAGAAAGUUUUGUGUUUGUGUUCCACAGAAGAAAAAGUCAUACAGCUUUAGAAUGACAUGAGGAUGAGUAUGAACUCUUCCAUUAAGUAUUUUAGAGUAUUGCCUAAAAAAAAGCCCAACUGGUUCCUGUGGAAGCCAUCCUUUUGAAAUGGUGUUCUGUGAGGUGGUUUGCCAUUAAUACGCUGUAUUUGUUCUCAUGUUGUUUCUUAGGGUCAGUUUUGUAUCUACCUUCAUUACAACAAAUCAGACCCGGUGUCCCUUCAGUAGCAAUAAUGGACUUUAUAAUAGUUUGAAUGUUUUUUUUGUUUUUUUUCUGAACAUGUAUUCUGAACCUACAUCUGUUAGUUAUGGCUUUGGUGCUUUUUGUUGUCCUUUCACUUAUUUGAAAUGAAGAAAUGCACCUGUAAAUGUACUAUUAUGCUUUACUAAAAACGAAAGAUUAAACAUGAUGUAUUGAGAUGCAAGGCAACAAACCUCAAAUAGCCAACCAAACACUAACUGUAUUUUAAUUUUUUGUGAUACUUGAGUGCCUCAUUCUGCCUCAAAGUUAACAAGGUCUGUUUCAUUUCAUGGUAAAGUCCACAUUUGUAAGAUUUUUGUGUGCUUAGCAGAGUUCAAAGAUUAAGAUUGACCAUUCAUUUGUGCUAGACCACAUUGAUUUUUUUUAUGCUUUCAACUGAUUUGUUAACUAUAAAAGCAGAGGUUAAGACUUUUUUUAUUAAGACUAUUUUUGAGACACUAUUUUCUCAUUGAUAGCUCAAAUAUCAAGCCUUUAAAAAAAAAACAUGGGUUUCUGUCCCUUAUGAACAGUUUUUUUUUUUUUAACAUUCACUAUAUCCUUUGCAUUUAAAGCAUGCUUUUCUAGACAUUUGAUGAAAAUGUUUUAUAUGUCAACACAGUUAACAUGUCCAGAUGUGAUACAGUGGACUCAAUGGUGCUUUUAAAUUGAUCUGUCAAUCUGCUUUUUAAGUUUCUCUUUAAAUGUUGACAAACGCCUCACACAUGUUUUGAUUUUUCUGUGUCCAUUAAUCAUUCUUUGUCCAUUGUGAUUGAAUGAAGCUUUGAUGGCAGAGAGGUCACAAUCCAUCCAUGAUUUAAGUAGCGACUGUUCAGUGUAUUAUAGUUGUCAUACAUUAGUGAUUUAUCUGAUGCUUUACUUUCCCGUGUUUGGUCUGUUUCUAUUCUAACACAUGAGAACUAUGUCGUUGGCAUAUGAAAUUUUGUUUUCAAUAUUCACUCAGUAUGUAUGUCACCCUCUUUGUGACAUGACAAUCACUGUUAUACAUGUGAAGUAGUGGAAUUGUUUAUGCAAACCUUAACAGUCAACUAAUAUUCAGCUCAAAUCACCCUGCUCGAAACAAGUAAUGUCACGCCAUGAAUAAGCAAAAAUAUAGUCCUCACUGAGACAUCUGUCAACCAAAUGUUUGUCCUGAGGCAAAAAUGUCCUUCCUUCCUUAUUGUAAUGUCACACAGGUUUUUAUUAGGAUCUGAGAGACAAGUUUAUUUUUUUAUGCUAAGUGCCUAAAAUGUGAUGCACCAGGUUGACACUAUAUUGUACUGUAUUUACCUCCUUGCAGUUCCUUCUUUAAUAAAUGUAAAUACCUUUGAA